UCGUUCGUAUUUGAGAAAUAAAAAUAAUAAUCUUCGCCAGCAGCAGCCACCUUAUCUCUCUUUCUUCCUCCUUUUCUUCCAUUCACCUUUCCUCUCAUCUGUGUCUCUCUUCAUGUUCUUCUCUUGAAAAGUAAAGUUUUUUUGAGUGUUGGGUUUUCUUGAAGAGAGACAUGGAAGCUAUUCUACAAACAAAGGGGCUUCUCUCCUUGCCCCAGAACCCCAGGGCAAGGGUUUCGGUCCCAUCCCUCGGCUUAAAGCAGAGAGUUUUUUCAACUAAGCCUAAACCCCUUGGUGGGAUUUCAUUAUCCUCAAAUAGGUUCCAGAAAUUUCCAAGCUUUGUCUCAAAAAAUCCUGGGUUUGGCUCAAAAGAAAAAAACUUGUUCAUCUGCAAGGCAGAGGCAGCUGCUGCAGCUGAGGACCAGCCUUUAUUUAAGGAGCCUGAGGCUCCUAAGAUAUUGGGUGUUGAAAUUACAACCCUCAAGAAGAUUAUACCACUUGGGUUGAUGUUCUUUUGUAUUCUUUUCAAUUAUACAAUUCUUAGGGACACAAAAGAUGUCCUGGUUGUGACAGCUAAAGGGAGUAGUGCGGAGAUUAUUCCAUUUCUGAAGACUUGGGUGAAUUUGCCCAUGGCUAUUGGGUUUAUGUUGUUGUACACAAAGUUGUCUAAUGUCUUGUCUAAGAAAGCUCUCUUUUAUACUGUGAUUCUUCCCUUUAUCGCCUUCUUUGGGGCAUUUGGGUUUGUUUUGUACCCUCUCAGCAAUCAUAUCCACCCCCAGGCCUUAGCUGAUCAGCUUCUCAACACCCUCGGUCCACGGUUCCUUGGUCCUCUUGCUAUCCUUAGGAUAUGGAGUUUUUGUUUGUUCUAUGUCAUGGCUGAACUGUGGGGAAGUGUGGUAAUUUCAGUGCUAUUCUGGGGGUUCGCCAAUCAGAUAACGACCGUUGACGAAGCAAAAAAGUUCUAUCCUUUGUUCGGACUUGGGGCCAAUAUUGCUCUUAUUUUCUCAGGCCGAACAGUGAAGUAUUUCUCUAAUAUGAGAGCAGCUCUGGGUCCUGGAGUCGAUGGCUGGGCUCUUUCUCUUAAAGCUAUGAUGAGUAUCGUGGUAGGGAUGGGGUUCACAAUCUGUUUCUUGUACUGGUGGGUGAAUACUUAUGUCCCUCUCCCAACUCGUAGUAGGAAGAAGAAGGAGAAGCCGAAAAUGGGGACAAUGGAGAGUUUGAAAUUUUUGGUGUCUUCAAAAUACAUUAGAGAUCUCGCCACUGUAGUUGUUGCAUAUGGUAUUAGUAUCAACCUUGUUGAGGUUACAUGGAAAUCGAAGCUCAAAGCACAGUUCCCAAGCCCGAAUGCGUACUCAUCUUUCAUGGGAGACUUUUCAUCUGCAACUGGAGUAGCAACCUUCAUAAUGAUGUUAGCAAGUCAAUAUAUAUUUGAGAAAUAUGGAUGGGGAGUUGCUGCGGCUAUCACACCAACAGUCCUGCUCUUGACCGGAGUUGGUUUCUUCUCUCUGAUAUUAUUUGGUGCGCCACUCACACCAGCUCUUGCUGGUUUGGGGAUGACUCCUCUUCUCGCAGCUGUUUACGUAGGUGCGCUGCAGAACAUUUUCAGCAAAAGUGCCAAGUACAGCUUAUUCGAUCCAUGCAAAGAAAUGGCAUACAUUCCUUUAGAUGAGGACACAAAGGUGAAAGGGAAGGCAGCCAUUGAUGUUGUGUGCAACCCAUUGGGGAAGUCUGGUGGUGCAUUGAUCCAGCAAUUUAUGAUUCUAACCUUUGGCUCACUUGCAAGUUCCACUCCUUACUUGGGAGGAAUACUCCUUGUCAUUGUUCUUGCUUGGCUGGGGGCUGCAAGGUCCUUAGACACCCAGUUCACAGCUCUGCGCCGGGAGGAAGAGCUUGAAAAGGAGAUGGAGAGAGCGGCCGUUAAGAUCCCAAUUGUGUCUCAAGAAGACGGUAAUGGUUCUCUGAGCAGUGGUUCAGCACUGAAUCCAACCGCAGGCGAUUCCAGCAGUAGCUCAUCUGAGACCUCAACUCCUCGCAACAUUUAAAUAAUGUCUCUUCUGUUUAAUCAUCAAAAAGAGGAUGAUGAAUAAGUGGAGUUGAUGAGACCCAGUGUGGAGAAUGUUAAUUACACUGGCGUGUGGUGGGUAGGAUUUUACAUCUCUUGAUCUUUAAGAAUGUUUAGUGACUUGCUCUUAUAAGCCCCAGUUUUCCAAUAGAUGAAGUUGGUCCCAGUUUCUUUAGUUUAAAUUUACAUAUUUUGUAGUGACGCAUUGGAUUUAAUUAACUUUGUUUAAUUAAAUUUUUUAAUAAAAUUAUUAUUUCAAAUGAA